GCGCGGGCCGGGGCGGGGCCGCACCUGUCCUGCGGCUGGGGGGGCGCUGGGAGGGGGCCGGGGCCCGGGAGCAGCUGCGCGCCCCGCCCCGCGGGCUCCUCCCUGCCGCCGCGGCCCCCCGGUUGCUGCCCCGAUGCGCUGCGCUCGGAGCCGGGGCCGAGUAGCUGCCGCAGCUGUUGGGGCGCCCGGGCCAGGCGACACCGCCGUCGCCGGUGCCCCUCCCAGACCCCGCCGGCCGCAUGGAGCCCCCGGAGGGCGCCGGCCCCGGAGAGAUCGUUAAGGAGGCUGAGGUGCUGCAGGCUGCGCUGGGCGUCCCAGCCCACGGGACAGGGGACAAUGGCCACACGCCUGUGGAGGAGGAGGUGGGGGGCAUCCCCAUACCAGCACCGGGGCUCCUGCAGGUCACAGAGAGGAGGCAGCCUCUGAGCAGUGUCUCCUCUCUGGAGGUCCACUUCGACCUCCUGGACCUCACUGAGCUGACGGACAUGUCCGACCAGGAGCUGGCCGAGGUCUUUGCUGACUCGGACGAUGAGAACCUCAACACCGAGUCCCCAGCAGGUCUGCACCCGCUGCCCCGGGCUGGCUGCCUGCGCUCCCCUUCCUGGACGAGGACAAGGGCUGAGCAGAGCCGUGAGAAGCAGCCCCUAGGUGACCCUGAGCGGCAGGCCACAGUCCUGGACACGUUUCUCACCGUGGAGAGGCCCCAGGAGGACUAGGCCAUCUCCGCCUGCCCUCCAGCUCCUGCAGGGCUGGAGUCAGAACACCAUGAUGGCAGAUCUGGGCAGUCCUCACCCAGCAGACACACUUCGCACCCCCACGAGGCUCCAGCCGUCACCUCCUGACACACACCCUGGGGGCAGCUCCCUGCCAGCCCCAAGGCCUGCCUUGUCUGUUGGGCACGGGUCUUAGCUUCACGUGGAGACCAGCCGGCUUUCCUGGGGGACACAUGGGGCCCCUGGAUGCCUCUGGGAGCCCCAGCACAAGCACAGCCCAGUGGCCUUACGUCCAGCUUGUUCCUGGGCCCUGAGUCAGGAAGACAGCGUCAGAGUCACUGCCGGGAAUGUGGUGAGGAGUGGAGUGGCCCAUGGCGGCCCUGGGAUGAGGGGGACCCAGGCCUGUGACAGCCACUCCAGGAACUCCGGGGGGUGCUCCAACCUCCGCGCUUACCUGUGCUACCAAGCUCAGAAGCCAGAGGCAGGUUUGGUAGUGGCUAAUGGGACAAUGUGCUGUCCAGCAAAGCACAUGGAGGAGCGGCCCCAAAAUUCCCACCUUGAUUUCCAUCCUGCCCCUUCUACUCCAUGAGGCACUGUCUCACUAGGGUCCCCUCCCCAAGGCUCAGCUCUAAGACCUGCACCUGCUUCUCUUGGUCCCUGCGUGACAGGCAAGUCCAUUCCCUCCUUAGCUAAGAACACCAAAUAUCACCAGACUGCCUCAGAAACUUGGUGACACCUCCUGGAAUGCUCUCGGCUCAGGGAGGGGUUCACCGUCUCCCUGUCCUGCACCCACUAUGAGGCCACAUCCUCAUUUCUGCUCCCAUCCCAUUGCCCGGUUACACGGCCUGCCCACAGCCCUUAAACUUGCUGGGCAGGUUUGGGGCCCAUGGGACCCGUGGGUCUGUGUCCGGCAGCAGCAGAGGAGGCUGACAGGCCCUGCUCCUCUGCUCUGGGGUGUCUGGGGGCCCCAGCUCAUGCCCUCCCAAUGCUUAUAUGCUGAAGCUCACAGAAUGGGCUUCCUGCCUGACAGCAAGUCAAAGAAUGAGUGUAAUACGAAAGCGUACGCUUACUUUCCAUCCGCAAGCCAACCUGCCCCGGCCCCAUUUCCCAUGAGCACGCUUCUGGGGAAGGAAAACCAGCUCCUGGCCUUCACUGUCAGUAGAGCUUUGGAGAUGCCCCAGGCAUGCCUUCAGCUCCUUCUGUGUACGGGACUUUAGAGGCGGCACCUGCUCCCACUUCUGAGCCACCCGCUGCCUCUCAGCACUGCUGGCAAUCCUGCCUCAGCCAGGUCUCCUUCCCUGGUUUCCAGUCACACAGAGCCCAGCAGCUUUCUCUUUCAGUCCCAUAAAGGCAGCCUAUGUCCCUGGCCACACCUCCACCCGCCAGGGUCUUCCUCCCCAUUUCCAUCCUUCCUGCUGAGCUUCCACAGAGCUCGUUUGCAAACAGUGGGAUUAAAGCAUCACUACGCAUUCAAA